AUGAAGAAGAAAAUAAAUUCUCGUCAGACAAAGAGUGACGUGGACUUUAAAUGCUUGUCAAAAUUCGAGCGAAGCUUUAUUGCUGUACAAAGUUUGGAACGAAAAUUUGCUUCCGUAGAUAAAAUAAGGAAUAAAAGCAACAUAAAUAAUGGAGUUAUCCUGAAUCAAAAUCAUCACAGCAUGAAAACACAAAAUUUCAAAACUUCAUCUCUGAGAUUUUCGGUCGACUAUGAGAAGAAUUUGUGCGCUGCACGACUCGCUUUACCUCAUGUGAUGUCAAAUGGAUGUUACGAAGCGCAAGAUCAUCAUUUUGAAUGGAAAUAG